GGCUCGGGCCGAGGCUCUUCCGGCAGGCAGCUCGCUCGCUGGCUCGCUCGCUCUCCGCCGGGGUUUUCUCUUCAGGAGCCGCAGGCGCCCGGGACCGUCUUCAGCGAUGUUCUCUUUCAAUAUGUUCGAUCAUCCCAUCCCCCGCGUUUUCCAGAACCGCUUCUCCACCCAGUAUCGGUGUUUCUCCGUGUCCAUGCUUGCAGGACCUAAUGACAGGUCAGAUGUGGAGAAAGGAGGGAAGAUAAUUAUGCCACCCUCGGCCCUGGAUCAACUUAGUCGACUUAAUAUCACCUAUCCAAUGUUGUUCAAGCUGACCAAUAAAAACUCCGACAGGAUGACCCACUGUGGCGUGUUGGAGUUCGUGGCAGACGAGGGUAUUUGUUAUCUUCCCCACUGGAUGAUGCAGAACCUGCUUUUGGAAGAGGGGGGCCUGGUGCAAGUGGAGAGUGUCAACCUGCAAGUGGCCACUUAUUCCAAAUUCCAGCCCCAGAGUCCAGAUUUCCUGGACAUCACCAACCCGAAGGCCGUAUUGGAAAAUGCUUUGAGAAACUUUGCCUGUCUGACUACUGGGGAUGUGAUUGCCAUCAACUACAAUGAAAAGAUCUAUGAGCUUCGUGUGAUGGAGACAAAACCAGAUAAAGCCGUAUCUAUCAUAGAAUGUGACAUGAACGUCGACUUUGAUGCCCCCCUGGGCUACAAGGAGCCAGAGCGGCAGGCUCAGCACGAGGAGACGGUGGACGUGGAAGCCGACCACAGUGGCUAUGUUGGAGAUCUCGGGUUCCGGGCCUUCUCUGGCUCUGGAAACAGAUUGGACGGGAAGAAGAAAGGCAUAGAACCCAGUCCUUCCCCAAUCAAGCCUGGAGACAUUAAAAGAGGAAUUCCUAAUUAUGACUUUAAACUUGGUAAGAUCACUUUCAUUCGAAAUUCACGUCCGAUGGUCAAAAAAGUUGAAGAGGAGGAAACUGGAGGCCGAUUCAUUGCCUUUUCAGGAGAAGGACAGUCUUUACGCAAAAAGGGAAGAAAGCCAUGAAUUUGGGCCCUGGGCUAAUUAGAAAAUAAAAUAAUCUAUUGCAGUCUCUUGGCUUUAGUUACUGGAUUUGUCAGGGACAGAAGAUGGUCACCAGAGGAUACUUCAUGACCUGCCGUUCGUUUCCUUUAGUGUUUCUUAAGAAAUACCUCCCUUGCCCAGCCCAGGAAGCUUCAGGACUUGGUGGCAGUGUGCUUUUUGGGAAAGAACCAGCAGGACUGGACUGUCUCCAAGUUACCGAGGCAGCAGGCGAGCCCUCUGCACCUGCCCCCAGCAGCUUGGGGGGGCCCCCAUGGGCUCGGUCUGGGCCGUGGGUCCUUUCUCUCCAACUAACGUGGUCAGAGAGAGACGGCAUUGCCCACACCUGGAGGGUCCAAGUACCUUCUCUCCAUUGGUCCUUUUUUAUCCCCGCCUACAAAUGCCAUUUGACUAGCUCUGUGCCGUUGACCGCAGUGGUCACCCCUGGAAAGGGUUUGUUCACAGUGUUUUCUCUUGAUUUGGCCAAGCCACGAACCCCCCCAGAAAGAAACUAAUAAUUGGCAAACCCUUCAUUGUUGAGGCUGACAGUGGAAAUCGUGUUCCAUUAAUAAACAUGUUCUGUAGCAA